GAGAGAGAACCGCCUGGGGAUAAUGGAGUAACAGUUAAGCCUGAAUGUGUGCUUUUCUGAGCUGGUGGAUAGAAUUUAAUUUUCAAAACUUGUUUUUGAAAUGAGUGAGUGAAGAAGCCAUUUUGACAUAAGACAUCCACUUUUUUUGUUGUUGUUGCUAAUUUAUCGCUUGCUCGAUUUUCUGUGGCUUGACAUACCUUAUAAUUAUUUCCUGAAUGACCAUAGAGUGUUCUAUGAAUUUUCUCUUUCCUAUUCCACAGAUGUAUUCUUAACCAGGGAACAAAAUACUUUGACAUUUUCUUUUGCAUUUUAAAAAUCAUUAUUGACACAUUCCCCGAGAAAGUGGAAUGAAUGGGGUUAACAUCUGGCUCAUUUAAAUGCUUUUAAAAAUGAUGUGCUCUAUAAUAAGGUAUGGAAAAUGGGGGGCCGUAAAGAUGUCUGGUUACUUGCCAACUUCAAAACGCAAAGGUGGCACAGCAGUAGACGGAUGCCGCUGGUCUUGUUGGCGUUUGCAUUUACUGAUGCUUUCCAGCAUCCCUUGGGGCGCAGCGCUCAUUUACAGGAAGUGUGGGAAUACAUCAUCGUAUAUGCAGUCAACGGCAGAGAGACUCUCAUAAAGGCCCGGCCGGGCCUCGAAUCUUUUAUGCUUUCCUUCUUUUUCAGCUUUGGAUUUUAACCUGUGGUGGCUCCUUGUCUUUGUCCCUGGCUCAGUAUGUCUAGGAGUUAGCCCAUCGAGUCGGCAGGCUUCGCCACCUUGUUCCAGUGUGGCUAAGAUUUCGAACUUGAUCUAAAAAAGAAUUUUGUGUAAUCAAAUAGUUUCCUCCAGAGCCAAACAAAUGACGGAUGCGUUGUGGGAGCUAGCCUGCAGGUGAAUGAACGGGGACGCUCUGCCGUAAAAGUCAGGCAGCGCUUUGGAAGGCCUCGCUGGUGAGGCACGUUACUUUUAUUCUUGGCGGCCGUGGAUAAAUUGUGGGGUUGCUUGUUUGAAAUGUUUCUCUUAGAAAAUAUUAAAGAGCUCCAGCUGCUCUGUAAAGUUCAGAGACAAAGCUCGUUUUUUGUUUUUUUUUUUUUUAAGAAAGGAAAAGUGAAAGUCAGUUUGUGUGAGGUGUGUGGGCAAAGACGUUCUGUCAAUCAGAAGGAGCCGGGCUUGAGGCAAAUAGGCCUUUUGGGGCAUGGGAGUUGGGGGGUUGUCUUUCAUUUUAAAAGUCUCCUUCAUAAUGAGAAUUUGGGAAACCGACUUAAGAAAGGAAGCCAUUCCUAAAGGUACCAUGUGCCACUGUAGUCACUCUGUCUGCCCAUGGCCAGUCAUUUAUCAGCCUGAGAGGGGAGCUUUGGGGAAAACACAGAAAGACAUCAGUUAGGAGCCUGCAGUGCUCUGAAGGAAGUUCUUGAGAAGUUGCUGCCUACCAACAUUAGAACAAACUAUGAGACCUUUUUUGUUUUCCAGACAAAAUAAUAAUACAAUGAGCCCUUGCUUCCGGAUACGUAGUCCGGCAGUUACUGCACAGCUGCCUUCGCUCCAUCUUGCUUUUCUUCUGAGCCUCGUUAAUGUUAACAAGACAGCAGAUCACUUCAUCCUGAGUAUUCAAUUUGUAUCUCAAGGAAAUUAGUGUCCUGCUACUACAACCCACAAUACUAUUUUGUGGUAACAGAGUAAAUAGUAGUACCUAGUAUUACCUUAAUGUCAUGGUUCCCCAGUUGUUCCAAAUAUAUGUUUUAUAGAUGUGCUCCUCCCCCCGCACCCCCCCUAAAAAACCAAAAAACAAAAAAACAGGCUCAGGAGAAAAUAAAACAAAACACAUAUUAUACUCGACUGUUCUAAUAAACCUGUCCUGCUUAGCUUUUCUCUGCCUCUCUCUCUCUCUCUCUCUCUCUCUCUCUCUCUCUCUCUCUUUCUCUCUCUCUCCUUCUCUUUCCACCCCCUUCUUUUUCAUUGGCUUCUCUAAAUCUCUCCCCUGGGAUUUGUCCUACUGUUCUCACACAUCGUCUCUGCUGAUGCUUCUACCCAGGCUUUCUACAAAGAGAUGCUAGGGCUAAAAGUUUAAUUCAGUCAAGUCAAAUGUGUUAUUUGAUUGCCAGAAAAUUCUGAUGAAUGCAGCAGGAGGCUCGUAAUGACUGUCUUCUGUUGGUGAUGCUUCUGUCUCUUGGAUAGCUUACAUCUACAUAUCUCAAGGCUGAUUCCCGUCGGUAUUCCUCGUAGGGAUGAUUUUUUAAAAUUUUAAUUUAUUAUUAUUACUUUUUGCUUUUCACUUUAUAUCCCACUCACUGUCUUCCUCCCAGUCACACCCUCCCACAAUCCUUUCCCCUCCCCUUCUCCUCUGAGCUUUUGGGGUCCCCCUGGGUAUCCCUGGCACUUCAAGUCUCUGAGAGGCUAGGCACUUCCUCUCCCACUGGGUCCAGACAAGGCAGCCCCGCUAGAAGAACAUAUCACAUUUGUAGGCAACAGCUUUUGGGAAAGUCCCCCUCCAGUUGUUCAGGACCUACAUGAAGACCAAGCUGCACAUCUGCUACAUAUGACCGGGGAGGCCUAGGUCUAGCCCAUGUGUGAUCUUUGGUUAGUGGUUCAGUCUCUGAGAGUCCCAAGGAUUCAGGUUAGUUGACUCUGUUGGUCUUCCUGUGGAGUUCCUAUCCCCUUCGGGGCCCACAAUCCUUUCUUCCAUUCUUCCACAGCUUGGAGUCCCCAAGCUCCAUCCAAGUGUAUGUCUGUGGGGGGGGGGUCUGUAUCCAUCUGAGUCAGCUGCUGGGUAGAGCCUCUCAGAGAUCAACAUGUUCCUGAUCAAUGUUGUAUCAUUAAUAGUGUUAGUGAUUGAUGCUUGCCCAUGGGAUGGGUCUCAAGUUGGGCUGGUUAUUGGUUGGCCAUUUCCUCAGUCUCUGCCCCUCGCCCCCAUGCCUACAUCACUUGUAGACAGGAUAAAUUUGGAGCUCAAAGUUUUGUGGGUGGGUUGGUGUCCCUAUCACUCCACUGGGGUUCCUGUUUGGUUAUAGGAGGUGGCCUCUUCAGGUUCCAUAUCCUCAAUGCUAUAAGUCACAGCUAAGGUCACCCCCAUUGAUUCUUGGGUGCCUCCUUUAUCCCAGGUCUUGGUCUGGUCCUAGUGAUGCCCACAACCUCCUCACCCCUGUCAGUUGAAGAUUUUCAUGGCCAUCUAGCCAUCUCUCCUGUCCUUCCUCACACCUGAUCCUGAACCUCAAUUCCUUUCCCCAUACCCCUCCCUCCCAGUUCCUUCCCUCCACCUGCCUCUUAUGAUUGUGUUAUUUCCCCCUGCUAAGUGGAAUUCAAGCUUCCUUGCUUGGACCUUCCUUCUUGUUUAGCUUCUUUGUGUCUGUGGAGUAUAACAUUGUACCUGUAUUUUAUGGCUACUGUCUACUUAUAAGUGAGUACAUACCAAGCAUGUGCUUUUGGGACUGGGUUACCUCAUUCAAGAUGAACCGCAUUUUCUUUAUCCACUCUUCAGUUAAGGGACAUCUGGGUUGUGUCCAGUUUCUAGCUAUUGUGAAUAGAUCUGCUAUGGACAUAGUUGAACAAGUGCCCUUGCCAAGUUAAAAAUGGGUACAGAUCUAAACAGAGAAUUCUCAACAGAGGAAUCUUGAAUGGUCGAGAAGCACUUAAAGAAAUGUUCAAAGUCCUUAGUGAUCAGGGAAAUGCAAAUCCAAACAACUAGGAGUUUCCAUUUUAUACACCUCCGAAUGGCUAAGAUCAACAACUCAAGAGACAGCACAUGCUGGUGAGCAUGUGGAGCGAGGGAAACACCCCUCCAUUGCUGGUGGGAGUGCAAACUUAUACAACCACUCUGGAAAUCAAUUUGUUGUUUUCUCUGAAAACUGGGAAUAGUUCUACCUCAAGACCCAGCUAUAGCACUCCUGGACCAAAAAGGGAUACAUUCUUAAAUGAGGGCUAUCAUGGCUGCCCUACACCUUCCCCCCCAGCUCUGUGGACUACCACUCGUCUGUAACUUGAGAGCCUGACUUCUGAUCUCUCUAGCCUGUGGUGGGGACAAGAUUCAGAGAGCUCUUCAGAGCAGAAAGGCAGGAAUGUUUUCAUCCUGACUUCUUUUAUAGGUGGCAGACUGGAAACUCGUACCAAGAGAACCCAGUUAGGGGCUUCUUUCCAGUUGCCUGUUCACGUAACGAGGCGCAGGGUGUGAGCGAGGUGUUCAGGCAGUGUUUAAAGCAUCUGAAGUGAGAAUUCAAUAAGCCUCUCGUGUAGCAGCCUGUUAAUCAAGGCUUUAUUAAGGGGCACCCAUGUGCAUACACAGUGCGUAUAAUCCCAGGAAAUUGUACAAGUCUAAAGUAGCUUCUUAGGAAAGCCUGAAUGGUGCUUACUUUCAGGCUUAUUUAUUCAACAAAUGCUAAGCAGCUCCCAUGUGUCAGGCAUCAGUGAACAAGACUGGCAGGAUUCUGUUUUCAGGGCAGAGGCUGCUACUUUGCUGUUUGGAGGAGGGGAUGGCAAAUAAGUCAACAAUGUAAUUUAAGAAGAUGAUACGUCAUUAUCAUUAGAUUUUGUGUCUAUUCUCUGUAUUGGGCUGUACCAGGGGCAUAUACGGUACUAACUGCGAGCAAAAUGUUGAAUGACGGAAUACUUUUUACUUCAUUAUAUCAAGUAAUAUGGUUUGUAAUUCAGCCCCAUCCCUUGUACUGCUGAGUGGCUCUGUUAGGAAAAUGAAGAUCCAGCCUUAUGCUGAGCCCCCCAAGUUGGAUGUUAGAAACCGUGCCUGAAGAUAGGGUGAUGUGUGAAGGAGUCUUCCGGAUGCAGGAGUGUUGCUGACCUGUGACCCUCGGAGGAGGCACCAACCAGGUUCAGAGCUCCAAGCUGCGGUGAGGUCAGACAUCCAGAUCUUGGAAGCCUGAGAGCCUGAUUCUAAAUUUGUGUGUGCAUCUCUCUCAUCUGGUCAUUUACUUUGGAGAAAUUCCACAGGGGGUAGUCAGGUGGUCUCUUUUACAGCAAGAAGCCUUAUAUUUAGCUUAGGGUCCUUAAACUCCACUCAGAGGGGUUGUAGGAACUAACACUGAGGUUCUUAGUCAUUAGCAGAUGGCACAGUCUGUGUGAUCAGCCACUCGAGUACGCUGUUCUCUCAUCUGAGUUGCCAGGGAGACCUAGGGAAGUCUCUCUCUUUUCCCAGAUGGGCUCCCUGGGCUUCUGCAGCAAUGCACUGUCUUCUUUUUUAAAGACUUAUUUAUUUAUGUAUUUGAAUACACCUUAACUGUCUUCAGACACACCAGAAGAGGGCAUCAGAUCCCAUUACAGAUGGUUGUGAGUCACCAUGUGGUUGCUGGGAAUUGAACUCAGAACCUCUAGAAGAGCAGUCAGUGCUCUUAACCUCUGAGCCAUCUCUCCAGCCCUUGUUUAUCCUUCUCAUAUCUUACUAAAGAACAUUGAUUUCUUCUCCUUUUCUUCUGACGUUUUGGUUCCCAGUUUAUGGUUUGAUUUGAGGGUGCAGGGUUAGUCCAUUGGAACACCCCUCAAGCAUUCUUGGCUUAAGUGGCUUAUGGGACGCUUCCUUCAAUUAGGUUAAUAAUGCUUCCUCUUCUCACACCCUUUUGACACAUUAGCCAGGGCCUAAAACAUCUGAAAGAGAGACAGGGUGUGGGAGUGACUGGAGACUGUGAAAUUUCUGAAUUUUAUCCAGGAGAAAAUUAAUUUAAAAGUCUUGGGCAACCAUUUUUAGUUCUCGAGACAACUAUAAUUUAUAAUUUAAACUUCUUGACACCAGUGGCAUUUUUAGGCUCGGUAAAGAAGUUAAAUGGCAAAGCAGUUAACUAGAGAUCUGGGAAUUUAAACCAGCUAUUAAUAGUUGACCCAAGAUUAUAGGUAUUUAUGAUGGAUGGCAGGUCUUGGAAUAAAUAUGAAAUUGAUUUAUUAUCCAGUUCUGUGAAUCUCUUGGUGCUUACUGCAUGAGAAUUUCUGAAGGUUUGGAACACUAGUUCUCAACCUUCCUAAUGCUGCAACCCUUUAAUAUAGUUCCUCAUGUCAGGGUGACCCCCAGCCAUAAAUUUAUUUUGUUACUACUUCGUAACUCUAAUUUUGUAUGUUAUGAAUCAUGGCGUAAGUAUCUGAUAUGCAGGAUAUAUGCUAUGUGGCCCCUGUGAAAGGGUCAUUUGACUCCCAAAGGGGUCGUGACCCCCAGGUUGAGAACCAUUGGUAGAUGACCACGGGUGGUGGUGGUGGUAGUGGUGGGGUUGUCUCAUUUUCCUUUUUAUAGCUUAUAUUGUGUGUGCUCGAGGAUGCUUUUGGAUUUGUUUUGAGAUCCAGUGUGUUCAGAGUCUAAAGUGGACGGGACAGGCCAUCUUGGUCAAGUUCAGAAAGGACAUUAGCGGGAUCCCCUAGUUCCAGCAGUCUACCACAGUUACCAGCCAUUCAGUUGCAUAAACAUCACUCUGGAGUCUUUUUUCUUUUACCCCAAGUCACAUUUGAACAUUUUCAAAUAAUGUAUAUAUUGAUGAAUAGAUUUUUGAAAGUUUAAAGAUGUUAGUGAAAUUGCAGCAUUUAAAAGUAAAAGCGGCAUUUUCAAAAUUAUAAAUUGAGCCUUCUUAAUGAGGUGGCUACUUGACUGUGAUUGAUCACCUGUGAUGGUUUUAUUUCUGCCAGAAAUAAAUGGGAUGGAGUGAUCAUCAGGGUUCAUCCCCCAAAUAUUCCUGUGGCUUCAGGAAUAGCCAAAAUGCUGUUUUGUGUCUUAUGAGAUAUACAAUUAAAUAAUUAAAAGUAACCAGUGGAUCUGAGUGUGGGGGGUGCACGUCGUCUUUAACCCCAGCAUUUGGGAGGCAGAGGUUGGUGGAUCUCUGAGUUCAAGUCAGGCCUGGUCUACAGAGUGAGUUUGAGGACAGCCCAGGGUUAUUCAGAGAAACCCUGUCUGAAAAAACAAGCAAGCAAACAAUAAAUAAAUAAAAAUGAAUAGAAGAACACGUUUUCGUUUUAGGAUAGCAAUCUGUAAAAAGGGAUAUUUUUCCAGAGCCAUGGAUGCUAUUGAAGAAAGAUACUUGUGUUUCUCUACUCCCCAAUUUUUAGAGCAGUAUUUUACCCAAAAGAUUCUACCAGAUAUGUUGUCAGUCGUGAGAAGCUUUUUAACUACCUUUCCUCACUGCCUUCUUUACAUACACGGGGGACAAGAAUAAUUUAUUUUUAUUAAUAAUCUCAUCAGCCGCUGUGAAUAAGAAUUGUUGACAUAUUGCAAGAAUACUUCCAGCAGGCGUCUGCUCCUGCCUGAAUCAACUCCGUGCUCCCGUCUGUCUGUAACUGUCAAGAAAAUGAAAGCCAGAUACCAAAGACGCAGCGUCUGAGGACACAGAUGUCAGGAGUCACCCGAGUGGAUUCCACGGCCCCCUUCAGUGUGUUCAUGUCAGGUUGUCUUACUUUUGCAUUAGUGAUUAGCUGGGGACCAGCCUUUCACACGGUUGUUACUGGCCCAGGAGGCAAUUGUCCCCGAAUCCUCACCUUCUUCCUAGGUAGCACUGGAGCCUGCGAGCAGAGGACCCUGCUUUUCCCGAGGCAGAGGCCUGUGCUGACUCUUGGCAGCUCUGAAUUUUCUUCUGUAGGGUUACUUCCCAGGCCAGAAAUUUGCAUCAAAGGCCCAAGAAAAAUACAUCCAAAAAUAAACAUGAAAGCCAAGACUUCAUGCCAGGAACUCCAGCCACACACAUCCUGUUGGCUGGUUCCCUUGUCUCUCUCCUCACAGCUCUGAUUCUUUUAAACCCAGCGGAAGCCUGUUCCGAUGACUCGGACCUGAUGCCGGUACAAAGGUCUCACUCCUCGGUCCUCAAGUAUCUUCAUGGAGUGACAAAAGUUAUUCAGGUCCAGAGAGGAAAGGAGUGAAGUUGUGAGGAGCUCACUAACGUUUAAAAAAAAAAAAGAAAGAAAGAAAGAGGAAGUCUUCUGCUACCUGGGAUGAGCCAAGCUUUCCUGGAGAGCCUUCAGCACUGCUUCCUCCCUGGGGACUCAGAGGCUAUCUGCUGGGUUUGAAUAGGGACCUGUCACCGAUGAAGGUACACUGCACUGUUCAGAUAAAGGCUGGCUGCUUACUGGAUGUCUGAGAACUUCCCGCAGCGGACGCAUGCUCUACGAGAAAUACCGACAGUAUAUGGCCGGACUUCUGGCUCCUCCCUAUGGUGUUAUGGAAACGGGCUCUAACAAUGACAGGAUUCCGGACAAGGAGAAUACACCUCUCAUUGAACCUCACGUUCCUCUCCGCCCUGCUCACACCAUUACCAAGGUCCCUUCAGAGAAGAUCCUCAGAGCUGGAAAAAUUUUGCGAAUUGCCAUUCUCUCUCGAGCACCCCACAUGAUAAGAGACAGAAAAUACCACCUAAAGACAUACAGACAAUGCUGUGUUGGGACUGAGCUGGUAGACUGGAUGAUACAGCAGACGUCCUGUGUUCACUCCCGGACUCAAGCUGUUGGCAUGUGGCAAGUCUUGCUGGAAGAUGGCGUCCUCAACCACGUGGACCAGGAGCGCCAUUUCCAAGAUAAAUAUUUAUUUUAUCGAUUUCUGGAUGACGAGCAUGAGGAUGCCCCUUUGCCUACUGAGGAGGAGAAGAAGGAGUGCGAUGAAGAGCUCCAGGACACCAUGCUGCUGCUGUCACAAAUGGGCCCUGACGCCCACAUGAGAAUGAUCCUGCGAAAACCACCUGGCCAGAGGACUGCAGAUGACCUAGAGAUUAUCUACGACGAACUCCUUCAUAUUAAAGCCUUAUCCCAUCUUUCUACCACAGUGAAACGGGAGUUAGCAGGUGUUCUCAUUUUUGAGUCUCACGCCAAAGGAGGAACUGUGUUGUUUAACCAGGGGGAAGAAGGUACCUCCUGGUACAUCAUUCUGAAAGGAUCCGUGAAUGUAGUCAUUUAUGGCAAGGGUGUGGUCUGCACCCUGCAUGAGGGAGAUGACUUUGGCAAGUUAGCUCUGGUGAACGAUGCUCCGAGAGCUGCAUCCAUUGUUCUUCGGGAAGAUAAUUGUCACUUCCUAAGAGUUGACAAGGAAGACUUCAAUCGGAUUCUGAGGGACGUUGAGGCGAAUACAGUCAGACUUAAAGAACAUGACCAAGAUGUCUUGGUACUGGAGAAGGUCCCAGCAGGGAACAGAGCUUCUAAUCAAGGAAACUCACAGCCUCAGCAAAAGUAUACUGUGAUGUCAGGAACACCUGAAAAGAUUUUAGAGCAUUUUCUAGAAACAAUACGCCUUGAGCCAUCUUUGAAUGAAGCAACAGAUUCAGUUUUAAAUGACUUCGUUAUGAUGCACUGUGUUUUUAUGCCAAACACCCAGCUUUGCCCCGCCCUCGUGGCCCAUUACCACGCACAGCCUUCUCAAGGUACAGAACAGGAGAGAAUGGAUUACGCCCUCAACAACAAGAGGCGGGUCAUCCGCCUGGUUCUGCAAUGGGCAGCCAUGUAUGGUGAUCUUCUCCAAGAAGACGACGUGGCCAUGGCUUUCCUGGAGGAGUUCUAUGUGUCUGUAUCAGAUGAUGCACGGAUGAUGGUCGCCUUCAAGGAGCAGCUGGCUGAGCUGGAGAAGACUGUCAAACAGAUCUCAGAAGACGCAAAAGCUCCACAGAAGAAGCACAAGGUGCUUUUGCAGCAGUUUAAUACAGGUGACGAGAGGGCCCAGAAGCGUCAGCCGAUUCGUGGCUCUGAUGAGGUUUUGUUCAAGGUCUACUGCAUUGACCACACCUAUACCACCAUCCGAGUGCCUGUAGCCGCCUCGGUGAAGGAAGUCAUCAGUGCAGUAGCAGACAAACUUGGCUCUGGGGAAGGCCUGAUCAUUGUCAAGAUGAACUCUGGAGGAGAAAAGGUGGUGCUCAAACCUAAUGAUGUUUCAGUAUUUACGACGCUCACCAUUAAUGGACGCCUGUUUGCCUGCCCGCGAGAGCAAUUCGACUCACUGACUCCCUUGCCAGAACAGGAGGGCCCGACCACUGGGACAGUGGGGACGUUUGAACUGAUGAGCUCGAAAGACUUGGCGUACCAGAUGACAACGUAUGACUGGGAACUCUUCAACUGUGUGCACGAGCUGGAGCUAAUCUACCACACAUUUGGAAGGCAUAAUUUUAAAAAGACCACAGCAAACUUGGAUUUGUUCCUGAGGAGAUUUAAUGAAAUUCAGUUUUGGGUUGUCACUGAGAUCUGCCUUUGUUCCCAGCUCAGCAAACGUGUUCAGCUUUUGAAAAAAUUUAUCAAGAUAGCGGCUCACUGCAAGGAGUACAAAAACCUGAAUUCCUUCUUCGCCAUCGUCAUGGGGCUCAGUAACGUGGCUGUGAGCCGCCUGGCAUUAACAUGGGAGAAACUGCCGAGCAAGUUUAAGAAGUUCUAUGCGGAGUUUGAGAGCUUAAUGGAUCCUUCCAGAAAUCACAGGGCGUACAGGCUGACAGCAGCUAAACUGGAGCCCCCCCUCAUCCCUUUCAUGCCCUUGCUUAUUAAAGAUAUGACAUUUACUCAUGAGGGGAACAAGACAUUCAUUGACAAUCUAGUAAACUUUGAAAAAAUGCGCAUGAUUGCAAAUACUGCCAGAACGGUGCGCUACUACAGGAGCCAGCCAUUCAAUCCGGAUGCUGCUCAAGCUAAUAAGAACCAUCAGGAUGUCCGGAGUUAUGUACGGCAAUUAAAUGUGAUUGACAACCAGAGAACUUUAUCACAGAUGUCACACAGAUUAGAGCCUCGCAGGCCAUAGACAUCUGCAGUGCCCAGAGUGAUGCUCCGUCUCCAGUCCACAAUCUUUCAAAAGAUGCUGUGUAUGCUACUACUGACUGUGUUGCUACUAGAGAAUUCCCCAGAAUGAGCAAGAGACACCUCCUGAGAGCCCCUCGGGGCCACAUCCUGCUUUCCGACCACACAGGAGAAGCGAUCUGUCUUGUCUAACGCGGACAUGCCGUAGCUUAGGAACCAUCAGCUGUAGUCAUCUCCUUCACGGUUGGCACACCACCGCCAGGCUCACGUGAAGGCAUAACCUCGGCGAGGGCUACACCAGGCCCCUGACAUCCCUUCCCAGGCUGUUGCAGCAUGAGACUGUGCCGUGGAUAGGUUUGACUUGGAAUCGCCUGCGAUGAUAUAAUUGAAUGAUUUGUUUACUUAGCACCUUAUUUGGGGUCUGGGUUCUGGGGAGGGUGUUGACCAUAAAAGUCCAAAUUAUCCAUCAUGUUCCUCCAUCGUCAUAAUCUUACCUCUGAAGGAAUGGAACCUCAUCACAACACUAUGAAACAUUAUGACUGUUCAGUCUGUAAUUUCGGAAUGAUCUAUAGAAUAAUAUGUUUACAUUGUAACUUUUAAAAACUUACAAAUCAGGAUUACACACAUGAGAAUUCCACUAAGAAACACCAAGGUUCUUAAUAUCGCCAGCGUUAAGAUAGAAAGUAACAUUUCAGAAGAGCACAAUAUACACAAAACAUUUUUUCAAAUUGAAAUAUUUUCCUGGGCAUUAAAAAACCUUUCCACUACAAAUUUAUUGUUACUGAUGAAAAAAAAAGCAUAUUUUCUGGACUUAAAUGUUAUUACAAAAAUCUUAAUUUUCAGCAAUUGUUUUGCACUUUCAGAUAGAUUGUAAAUAGGUUAUGCAGUCAAUGGUAUAGAAUUAUUUAUUUGCUACAUAAUAGACAUUGUGCCAAAUAAUUCCUUUUUAUUUAUUUUAUUCAGUAUGAAAUUUUGGAGUACAUUUUUUCUGUUUUCUUAAUUAGACUACAUUUAAUGUAUAGGAAUUGUAUGUACAUAUCUCUUCUGUAAAUAACAGCCAGUAUCUUCAUUAAAUAUACUUGACAAGAAA